AUGUCAGGCCUAACACAGAUGGUGACGGAGAUGCAGGUGCAGCUGCGCACACAGCAGGGGGAGUUGCAGAAGACGCUGGCGGCGAUCGAGGCCGUGAGCCGGAGCAACUCUGUGAUCGAGGUCUCGAUGAAGGACGUGCGGACAGGCGGCCAGGAGCACGUGUGGGAGGCGGUGGGCCGGUCUUUUGUCAAGACGGGGGUGGCCGACUACGAGGCGCAGAUGAAGCGCCAGAUCCGCGAGAACAUCGACACGAUGAAUAGCCUGAACAAGAAGAAGCACUACCUCGAGACGUCCAUCAAGAACACGGUCGACUCUCUCAAGAAGGUUGUUGCCAGCAAGGCGUGA